UAAAACGCGUAGCCACAUCUGUAUCCAUCGUUUUGACAUCACGAUAUAUCAUUUUGACAUCUUUCCUGGAAGAAAAUCGCGUUGGUGUCAAUGUACCUUUAUUCAGAAUGGAAUGUACUUGACACUCUAUUUUGAAAGUGUACGUUUUAUAGCUCAUUGAAUCUGCGACUGGCCAUCAGUUCCCAUGUAGCGCUGUAAUUUUUUGAGGCUGGAUUUCUGGCAAAAGCUACAGCAAUACGUACAUGCCCCUUACGGAGUAUCACUGCUCCUCCAGUCUUUGAUACGCAGAACGUUAUGGAUAAAAAAAGUACUUUGCAGGAGACCUUUAGGAAAGAAAUACUUCUCUCCGCAUUGCCUAGCAACACUGUCCUAUACAUAUUUACCCAGAGAUAAGCCUUAUUAUGUUCAAUGAGAGCCACUCCCAAGGAAAUGUACAUAGUAUUGUGCUGUAAAUGAGAAAGACAAGGAAAGAAAAAGCAAGCGCAGCACAAGCUUGCUCCCAUCAUUGUUGUGACUACACUUCACAAAGAGUUCUUUGCAAGGUGCUCUGCAUUGACCUGGUUUGCAAAAUGAGUUGCAGUCCCCCAAUUCUCAACUGGAAAUUGUAAUAACUCACAUAAACCUGGAUGACCUCAUUCAGGCUACAGGACAAUUCCUCAAGUGGGAUUUGAAUAUUCAAAACACAGUCUUCACUUUUUACAGUGGGCUGCCCUAUCAUGCAAACCAGCCUAUGGACACCUAGGUUUUGCAAGAGAACAUAAGAAAUCAGUAAGGGAUCUUGUGGAUUACACUAGGCUUUCCCAGCCUAGUUCCUCAUUUCCCCAGGUUCCUAGCAUCCCUGACCAUUGACUGUACUACCUAGGGUUAGUGAUAAAUGAAGCUCAAAACAUUGGGAGAACAGCAGGUUAAUGAAAGGGUAGAUUACACCAAGCUGCAUUCUCUUUCCCACAGUAGUUGGCUAGAUGCUUCCCUCAAAGUAUGCAGCCAAGAAUGCAUUCACUCAACAUCUGCUAUUCAGAAUUAGACUGCCAUUGAAAAUAAAGAUGUCACCUAUUUCACUACCAUGAUUGUACUCUGGUGAAGUCUUUUAAAUGCUGUCCACAUUAGCAGUUAUUACAUCUUCUGUCAGUGAACUCCAUAACAACUGCUAGCAGCUAACUUGGUUGUAUUCUGUGCAGUUAGAAACCAGUUAAUAAGUGUUGGGUGUGCCUUUUUCUUUUCCCACAGUCCACAAAUAACAGAGAUUUUGUUUGCAAAACAAACUUAUUAUGCCUGAUUGGGUCUGAGAAUUUAGAUCUUUUAGGAUGCAAUCCUUCAGGCAGAAAAGGUCCUCCAAUUUUCAGAAUAACUGGUUGAGGAAUGCUGGGAGUUUUAGAGCUUUUUUCUCUUGAAACAUGUAUCAUAUUACACCAUUAGUUAGUCUCUCAUACUCCCUUUGUGUUCUUUUGAAAAUCAUACAUUAUAGGUAGUGUGAAACCUCGACUGACUCACAACAGAGAGCCAGAAAUGAAAACUACCCUUCAGGAAUUACUGAUCUACAUAAUUUUCCUCACAGAUCUAUGUAUAUUGACUUUCGGAAUGGUGAGCACAGAUAUGUAUCACCUGAACAGAGUUAUGUCAAACCUUUUCCUGGAAACCCCUUUGUCUGAUAAAGAUAAAACUGACUUCACAUCCAUGGCUAGCAUUAUUGACUUUUGGCAGUUUCUGGAAGGACCACUUCUGGAUGGCCUUUAUUGGAACACAUGGUACAGUGAAAAUUCCACAUCCAUCCACAAAAACAGUAGCCAUAUCUACUAUGAGAACUUACUGUUAGGAGUACCUCAAAUUCGGCAACUCAAAAUCCGUAACAACACAUGUUCUAUCUAUCCAUCUUUCCGGGCGUUUAUGAAAGGGUGCUAUGGUCAAUACCACUAUAUUAAUGAGGAUAAAAAAAGUUUUGGCUUUAUGAAUGACACUGAGUGGCACUAUUCUACUUCUAAAGCAUUCUCUCCAUGGCAUUGGGGCCUUAUUGGGCUAUACAGUAGUGGAGGAUUUAUGUUCACCUUGCCCAAGUCAAAAGAAAAAAGUUCAGAGAAGUUGGCUUAUCUCAAGAGAAAUAACUGGAUCACCAGAGGAACAAGGGUUGUCUUCAUCGACUUUUCCAUGUAUAAUGCUAAUGUAAACCUCUUCUGCAUAGUCAGGCUUGUAGUAGAAUUUCCUGCAACAGGUGGUGUUAUCCCUUCUUGGCAGUUCCACUCCGUAAAGCUUUUCAGAUACGUCAAAUAUUAUGAUUAUUUCCUGGCCUCUUGUGAAGUCAUCUUCUGCCUCUUUAUCUUCACUUUCAUCAUCCAAGAACUCAUAAAAAUGAAGAAGCUGAAAAAAGACUAUUUUAGAGAUGCCUGGAACUGGCUAGAUAUGUUAUUGCUCAUGUUGUCUGUUUUUGCUAUUUCCUUCAAUGUUUACCGAACUGUUGAAGUGUCCAGCCUGAUGGAAAAUCUGCUCUCCGAUUCAGAUGCUUACCCAGACAUUUAUUUCCUUGCAUUCUGGCAGACCCGUUACAAUAAUAUGAUUUCAGUUACUGUCUUCUUUGCAUGGAUAAAGAUAUUUAAAUACAUAAGCUUUAACAAGACCAUGACUCAGCUGUCUUCAACUCUGUCCCGCUGUACUAAAGACAUCAUAGGAUUCGCCAUCAUGUUCUUCAUCAUCUUCUUUGCAUAUGCACAGUUGGGUUACCUGGUCUUCGGGUCACAAGUGGAUGAGUUUUCUGCUUUUCAGAACUGCAUUUUUACCCAGUUUCGCAUUGUGCUUGGAGAUUUUAACUUUGCCAGUAUAGAACAUGCAAAUCGAAUUCUUGGCCCAAUUUACUUCAUCACAUUUGUAUUCUUCGUAUUCUUUGUCCUGCUGCGUUGGCUUGACAUACUACAAGCUACACAUAUUUUGGGGCACAUGUAGGGUGAGUAGUUUCCCUUUGUUUUUCAUUUAGCAUUUGCCCUUGUAACAGGCUGUCAGCUGCUAUAAGCCCAUUUAGGAUGAGGAAAAAAUGGCAGUACAAACAACCCUUGAUGACUCCGGUGGUAAUUCCCCCUCUUUCCAGCAGUGCAAGCAAACCAUGACUCUCCAGCACCAGGUCCAUCUCCAUCAUCAUCAGUUAAUGUUAGGCUUAAUGUUACCUCAAGAAUGUUUUAAACUGUUUGAAGAACUAUUUCUUUUGUUUUGUUUUUCUUUACAAUACCGCUUACCUACAGUUAUACACGCUAUAGUGAUCAGUCGCUCCAUUGUCCUCACCUCCCCAUGGUUCCCUGGGCUCCAGUCUCCACCCAGACACUUUCAGGUCCCCA